AGGUAGUGACUUUUUAGAUUUUGUGUAGCGGACGAUACUGUGACCGAUUGCUCUAUGCUCUUCUUUAUCAUCGUUUUAAAUAGAACCCUGUCAGUGAUGAAAGUCGUCAUUGGCUCCGUUCUCAGUGAAAUCACAAUAAAGCUUAACCUUCGUAUUUCGUUAUUGAAUUUUCUAUGCUUUACAUACUAGAAUUAAUCAAUGAAUUUUAUAACAAUCAUGGCCGCCAGCCGGUUUUCCUACCGUUUUAUACUGCAUAGAUAUUGUGCUCGUCGUUAAGUACUUUACUAAAAUAUCAAUAUGGAUUCACACAUUGCAGAAAUGGAGGAAAUACAUCAACCGCAACAGGUUGGGCCUAAUAUGAUGGCCAGUGUAGGUGGGAUUCCUAACCACUCAAAUAAUGUUAGUCGGCGUAAUCGAGUUCGAUCAUCAUUACACAGUUUGAUGAUAGGAAAACGUCCAAUAAGUGAGGCCGCUCAAUUGGAGAUGAAAUCAUUGUCCAACAAAACACCAGUUUCUAUUCUUCAGGAAUUGCUUUCUCGUAGGGGCACGACACCAAAGUAUGAGUUAAUACAAGUAGAAGGUGCUAUCCAUGAGCCUAUUUUUCGUUACCGUGUUACUGUUGCUGAUGUUGUUGAUCCAAUUGUUUCAGCAAUGGGGACUGGAAAAUCAAAAAAGGAGGCAAAGCAUGCUGCUGCAAGGGCUGUAUUGGAUAAACUGUGUAGACUAAAUAGUGAAUCACCAGAUUCUCCACUUCCAAAUAAUCUAUCAGAUUCUGAAAACUUACAAGAAUUAUCUGGAUAUGGAGAAGAAAAAAUAAUUACAAAUCCAAUUGGAGCAUUACAAGAAAUGUGCAUGUCACGUCACUGGCCUCCACCAAAAUAUACAAUAGAAAAUGAAGAAGGCUUGCCACAUGAGAGGCAAUUCACAAUUGUCUGUUCUGUUUUAAAAUAUCGGGAAGUUGGCCAAGGAAAAAGUAAGAAAGUUGCAAAAAGGCAUGCAGCUCACAAAAUGUGGCAAGCCUUACAUUAUAUGAAUACAGAAAGCUCUAAUAUAGAUGAAGAUGAGGUUUUACAAAGAAAUGCAAAUGUGAGUGCCCGUUAUGCUGAUUUGAAAGGUAGCAAAAUUUCAACAUUAACUACUAUUCAUAGCCUUAAGGUUUCACAAUUUCAUAAAAGUCUGAAGUCAUCCACUGGUGUUAAACUUUUUGAAUUACAGAAUACAUGUUUGAAUGAUGGUGAUGUAAAUUUGGUACAGUUCUUGCAAGAAAUUGCUUCAGAGCAGCAAUUUGAAGUAACUUAUGUUGAUAUUGAGGAAAAGUCUAUCAGUGGUAAAUGCCAGUGCCUUGUGCAGUUGUCUACCUUGCCAGUAGCAGUUUGCUAUGGUUGUGGUGUUACUAGUAAAGAUGCUCAAGCUAGUGCUGCUCAAAACGCUCUGGAAUAUCUUAAAAUCAUGACCAAAAAGUGA